AUGCACCACCCACAGCCCCACAUUUCUUCAUCCGCCUCCGGCAGUGCAGCAGCUGCAGCCGCUGCCGCGUUUGACCUCAAACCCGCCAAACGCCGCGGCAGUUACAACUGUGGCAGAUGUGGACUUCCAAAGAAAGGUCAUGUUUGCCAAGUUAUCAAUACUGGUAGCACUCCCACUUUAACUUCCACCCCAACAUCAACUCUUGCCACCACAACUAUCACCGACGCUUCCUCCUCGGCAGCCCGUCCUCCGCAUCAUCCCCCACGUCAGCCCUACUCCCACCUCCGACGUGCUCUUUCCUUUGACGACAUCGACAUCCGCUGCGACUCGCCGGAACUCGAUUUAGAUGGCUGCGAUUCUCCCUGUCUGGGUACGGAUCUGGAUCCGGAUAAUGAGAUAGUCACCGGAGGGUUACCUGCGGGAUUGUGGGAGGUUCUGAGGAGAUUGCCGCCGGCGGGGCUGAUGGCGGCGGCGAUGUGUAAAGGGUGGAGGGAAACGACGAAGAGACUGUGGAGGGCUGCGGAGGAGCUGAGACUUAGGGUCCCACCCAGGGCUCAGCUCGGGUUCAUUGGAUCGGUUUUGCAGAAAUGCCCGAGCCUUGUUAGGCUUUCUCUUAAAAUGGAAAGUGAUGUGGAUGCAACGAUGCUGGCCUGCAUUGCGUUUUCCUGCCCUAAUUUGGAGUCCAUGGAGAUUUCCACAUCGGAUACAGCUGUCAAUCGGAUCACAGGAGAUGAAUUGGGUCGUUUUGUUGCCGAUAAACGCUGCCUAAUGAGCCUUAAGAUGGAAGGAUGUUCUAAUUUAGGGGGCUUUGUCCUUUCUUCAUCAAGUCUAUCGACACUCUGGCUUUCUGAUCUUUAUUCACUCUCUAAGACGGUUUUUAACUGUCCCAAUUUGAAAGAGAUGUCCUUAGAAUUUUCUCGCCUAGAAAAUGAUACUACUGAUCUUUCUACCAUGGUUGAUGGUAUGGGAAGAUGUUGUCCAAGGUUGCAAAAUAUUCACAUUGCAUCAGUUCGUCUUUCUCAUGCUGUUGUGCUUUCCCUUACGGCCUCAAACUUGAGGGGCCUGCGAAUGCUUUCACUUGUUCUUGGCUCAGAAAUCACUGAUGCAUCUGUUGCUGCUAUUGCUUCAAGCUAUUCAAGAUUAGAAUUACUUGAUCUGAGUGGGUCUAGCAUCAGUGACAGUGGCAUUGGAAUGAUCUGCAAUGUGUUCCCGAACACUUUGUCAAGACUCCUCCUUGCUCUUUGUCCUAACAUCACUUCAAGUGGAAUUCAGUUUGCCACAGCUCAACUACCCCUUCUUGAACUUAUGGAUUGCGGGAUGACCAUAUGUGAUCCCAAUUCCCAGAAUUCACCCAGUGAUGAAAGUGGCAACAAUGAACUUCCAAAUGCAUUUAAUCGCAAAUUGCACCUUAUGUACCAGAAGCUUAUUAUCAAACACAGCCGAUUAAAAAAACUCAGUUUGUGGGGUUGUUCUGGCUUAGAUGCUUUAUGUUUAAACUGUCCAGAACUCAAUGACCUUAAUUUAAACUCCUGUAAAAACUUGCAUCCAGAGAGAUUGCUACUUCAAUGCCCAAGUUUACAAAACGUUCAUGCAUCGGGAUGUCAGGAGUUGUUAAUUGGGGCCAUUGAAGGCCAGGUCAGUGAUAACUUGGCCUCUGUGGAAAAUCAUUUUCCAUGUAAGCGUCUAGCUGAUGGCUCUAAGAGGGUUCGUGCACCAAAUUUUCUCAGUCAACAGUCAAGUGAAGAUGAUAAGAAACGGAGGAGGAUAGUGGGACGACAAUGUUGUAACGUGCUUGUGGACUGAAAAUCCCAUUUUUUUGAUACCUCUACUUCGCAUAGCAAUUCUAUUGUACGCACACAUUGUUGUCUGUUGUCCCAAACACUAAAACAGUUCUCUAAUAAUUCAAAUCCCGUCGUGGAAGGCGCUCAAUUUGCCUUUUCCAUGUAACUCUGUUGUAACACCAACAUUCCAAGGCUGUCGUUGCACUUUUUAUCCAAUAAAAGUUUAUUAUUUUAUAAAAGGUUUUUUUGUCUUUAUCCCUUUUAAGUUUUAACACCAAAACUCUGAAUCUUCAACCAAAAGGAACAAAACCGCCCUUUUUAACUAGCAACUUCUAUAUAGUCUACACAUUACUUAUAUUAAGGUGUUAUUUUAAAAUAAUAGCAUAGUAUUUAUUUUUAAAAAAAUUAUAUUUUAUAUACAUUCGUGAGGGUAUUUUUUUAAUUUUAUUAAUAAAUUUCUGUAAUUAAAGAUGAUAAAAUUUGAUUUCUCUUGUGAAUUUCACAUUGAUCUGCUCUCGAAUGUGUUGGUUUAUUUUUUUGAAAAAAAAAGAAAAAAAAACAAGAGCGAAUUGUUUUAUAGGUAAACUUCUUAUUAAACAAUUCCAUUAAAAUUAUUAUUAUUUUUGUAUAUCCUUUCAAACCAUUUUUUGUCUUUUUUACAUUGUUUUAUCCUUGUAAUUUUUUUCAAUUAACAUUUUAUGGAUUUUUUUUUCGAUUAGCAUAUUGUUGAUAAUUCUUGUUUCCACGAGAGAUUAAAUUAUUAAUUCGCAUAGGAUAAUUACAAAAGUAUUAAAUAAGCAAUCUAAAUUGGCAUUGAAGACAUUUUUAUGAUUUUGUUGAGUAAAAUUAAUAAUUUAAUUUUUGUGAAAAUAGAAAUUAUUCAUAGAAUUUACUAAUUAGUAAAAAAAUUCACAAAUUAUUAAUUGAGAGAAAAAUUACAAAUUAUCAUAUGAAAAAAAAAAUAAAAUUACAAUGAUAUGGGUGGAAUUUGUCAUAUUCUAUUUGAUAAGCAAGGCGAGGCAGUUAUACUAUAUUAAUGCCCCCUCUCAUCUUGCUUAAAUUAUUAUUAUAAAUAAUUUUUUAUAUUUUUUAUAUAUGUGUAUUCAUACAUUUAAAAAUAAUUAAAUUUGAAUAUUUGUGUUGUAUUUUGAAAGUUCAAACUUCUAUUUUAUUUUAUAUACUUUUGAAAAUUAUAUAGAAUUUGAUAUAUCAAAAUUAGUAUUAAAAAGUUUUAUUUUAUUUUAAAUUAUUAUAAUUAUACACUAUUGUGUAAAUUGAUAUGUAAGAUUUAUGAAAAAAAAUUUUAGUUAUUUGUGUUAAGAUAAAAGUAAAUAGGUAUAAUUUUUAUUAUCUAUUUAAUUAAAAUGAUUUUUGUAACAAAGUUAUUCACAAGGCAAAGAUUCUAUUGUCCAAGUGAGACGCGAUAGAUGAAACAAUCUAAACACUGACUAUAGUUUUAAUGUUAUAUUUUAUAUAAAAUUUUAAGUUAAAAUAUUUAAAUAUUUUAAAAUUUUGAUCAAAAUUAUAUAAAAAAUUAUUAAUUUAAAAAAUAGAUAUUUCAUCUUAAAAAACUUAAUACCAUUAACAGAAAAGUAAAAAAUAUAUAUAUAUAUAUAUAUUUCCUAUAUUUUUAUGAGAAUAUUGGAUUUCUGUAAGAGGGGGAUAUUUUGAUUCAAUUUCUCCUUUAUUUGUUUGCCAUCUUGUUGUAUUCUUUAAAGUGUUUAAUUGGGGUUGCUCAAAUUGUUCAAACCAUUCAAAGAAAUCUAUCAAUAUUUUAUGUUUUUCCAUGAAUUUAUAAUAAUUCUGUAAUAUUUGGUUAUUUAUUUUCUGUAUAUUUUCAUGUUGUUGUAGUUGUUGAUUUAUUUUUUCAAAAGUAAUUUCAUCUUUUAAGUAUUGAAUUUGAUUUUCUCUGUAAUGUAUUAAUGAAUUUAUUUUCUGUACUGAAAAUCUUUUUAAUAAGUUAAGAUUUUUGAUUCUGGGUUUUUCUAUAAAAGGAAAUCUGAUUUUAGUUUUUAAUAUUUUUGUAGUUAUUUCUUGAUGUUUAACCUUGUAAGGUUUUAACAUAGAUAUAAAUGGUGUUCCUAAAAUAAUGUCUUGGGUUAUGUCUUUUACCACUAAAAAUGGUGUUCGAAAUCUUAUUCCUUGAUUAAUUAUUUCAGCAUUUGAUAUUUUGUAGGUUAUUUUUAGUUUUCCACCAUUAGCUGUUUUUAAACCUUCUGAGGUUCUGUCAUAAUAUUUUGUGGGGAUGAGGCCUCUUUUAUACAAUUUUGGACCUACAAAGCGUCUUCCCGACCAAACCCUACUCCAACACAAUCCCAAACAUCUACCUCCGGUAGCCAAACCCAAUAUUUCAGAAAAAAGAAUACCCAAAAUGUUCUCUUAAUAGAGGAAGGACUAUACCAAGAACUACCCCACAUUGCUAUCAGAAAAGCCUUCCAAGGUUGGCAUUACAAACCAUGGGAUUUGCAAAAAUCUCAAACUUUUUACCAAAACAUUUUGAUUCAAACAGGGUCAGCUCUUUUUAAACAAUAUGCUGAUCCAAAAGAUCCAACUCUUAUCACUCACUCAACGGCACAAAUUUUAAAAGUUUUAAGGCCGAUUGAUUGGGGUGAAAAUUUAAAUCUUUCCAAAAGAUUUCCAGCAAACUUUUCAAACACAAUUAACCAUUGCCCUAUUUUCAAUUACUGGGAUUACCAGCAGGCAUGGUUCAAUACUUUUUUGUAUAACAAUAAAAAAUCAUCGACAUUCAUGGUUGAUGUUUUUCAAAUACGGCAACAAAUACAAAUUUCCAAAUUGGUUUUCCCACUGGUGGAAUUGGUUUGGACCCCUAAGAGAAAUCCUUCCACCAAAAAUUGAGGAAAUUUAUGAAAAAUUUUCAAAAUGUUUCAAACCAGAAGAAGACCAAGCAACUUUGCACACAUCAAUACACUUCUUCUCAAAAUUAACAAUCUCAUGGAUCACAUCCUGGGAUUAUGCUUAUGAUAAUGAUAUUCAUACUGGCCCAAUUAUCUAUUUCUUGAAUUAUAUUUUCAUAAUGAAUAUUUUCCUCGUUGAUUUCUGGGUUUUGAAUACUAGAACCAGAACUGGAACAGGAGGUGUUUCUUAGAAACGGAAACAUUUUGGAGAUUUAUUUUCUUUUCUUACAUAGGGGGUUUCUAAGACGCAGAUGAAUUGUGAGGAUACUGCCUACAGGGAGAAAUAUAUCCUAGCAACGCCAAACCUAGGCUUCAAUUGGAUUGUUUCUCAAGGACUCAGCAAGAAUCAACACAAUAUGCAUGCAAUGUCUUUAAAACCAGAACUCAGAUAAGAAAAUAAAAUCCAAAAGUUUUGUUUAGAAGUAAAUACCUCUUGAACCGCUUUGGCUCUGAUACCAAAAGUACACCAGGAAUCCGAAGCGGAU